GCCCAUCCCUUCCCCCGUACGGCGGUGUUCCCACUUCCGACUCCAACUGUGAUUCUCUAUGUUCCGCCGUCGCCGCACUUCUGCAACCCUACCGUCGAUUCGACGCCAAGGGGAGACCGGGUCUGUCGAUACGCUGCCCUUGACCUCCACCGGUGGGGCCUUACGCGUCGAUCUGUCCCCACUCAACAUCCGGGUAUCCGGUACUGUUGGGGGCGCUGUUAUCUCCUCCUCUUCCUCCAGCUCUUCACGAUCUUCAUCACCGCCUGUCAUUCAUCCCGUGCGACGGUCAUCAAGGGUUGAAACCCGACGUAGAACGCGCCAUUCCACUCAGACAUCCACCUUGUCUGCACGAUCUCGAAGUGGGGCCAACAAGAGUGCAGAACAAGGAGAAACCUCGUCACGCGAGCGGUGGGAUAAUCCAACCCACCCGACUUGUAGUUCGCGUCACCGGAACGCCGUUUCUGUCAACUCAAAACCCCCCAUCCUAAGCCGGCGCCGCGCUCUACUUCGUUCCCCAAUAUUCCGACUGAUUUUGUCACCGGACCACAGUCCGCCGCCGGCUUCUGUCUCCCCUAUUCAGGCUGUGCAUUCAUCUGAUCAUUCUCGUGACCGAUCUGAGCGUCGAACGCAGCCACAUUCGUCUCGCUCCCAGGCGGACGACGCAAUUCAAGUUGUCCACAUCGAGAAUGUGAGCGAUAUCCGUCCGUCACGUUCGCGAACAACACGAUCUGGCACACGUGGCGCCAGUGUUGCUCGCCGGCUGGCUCGAUCUGCUCGCACACCUGAAACACGGUUAAACUUUCCUACCCUACCGCAUGAUGAUUCAGUGAACAGUGAGGAAUUACAUGCUGCCUUGAGUGCGGCUCAGUCAGGCAAUCCGGAUGGUGACGAUGACUGUGUAAUAUGCCUGGAUCCCAAAUCCAAUAGGAGCAUCGUUCUACCUUGCAUGCAUACUUUUUGUUUCGACUGUAUCUAUCGGUGGUUGUGUAUCAACCCUUCAUGUCCGCUGUGCAAACGACUCGCGCAUCGUGUGAUUCAUUCCAUUUUAUCCGAUUCCGACUUCACCGAACUGUUGGUUUCCGAACUGCACGCUCAUCAUGAUAAUCCUUCUCGCCGUGUCACCGGCCUCCCAGCAAAUUUCGACUCGGAGGAAGACUUUCGCGCGGAUGAUCCCAUCCCGGGUCAACAGCAGUCUCAUCAUCAUUUUCAUUAUCACUUGGGCGCCCCGCCGGUUCGAUUUCUUGACUAUCUGGACGGAAUGACUCGUGGAGGAUCUGCACGCACAUCACUUUUCAUCCCACCCAUUCUGAUACCCUCGGAUUCUCCCAUCUCACGAUCCUCUAGUGGGACAAACGUUAUCGGAGAUACUCGCCGGGUCUCAUAUCGCUGGAAUCCUGAUUAUGGGUCCACAUCCGAAAGCCGACGGUCCUUGCUCACCGGACUUGUGAACAACGCGCUUCGUCCGAGAGACUCAUCUUUGCUUGACACCUUGUUACUACGGCAGCUGGUUUACGUCUUCGAUCUUGAUUCUGUUCCCUUCAAUGAAGAACCACAAUUAGAGCGAAAUUUCACCCCCAACUUUCUCGCACGUAAUGAAACGCAUAGACAUCGUUUGGAGGCGUUCGUUCGACGGGAACUACGCGUUAUUGCACCGUGGUUGGCUUACACAUCAGCUUCAAAUGCAGCGCCCACAUCACACGGACAGCCAUCCCUCAUCGAUGAUCUAGAUCUCGCCGGACCCGCAGUCACCUCACCAUUGAUUUGCGGAUCUCCUGGAUUCCUAACUGACACACCUGAGUUGGAUCGACUAACUACACGUGUUGUCCAGCACUUUACAACAGUUCCGAUCACGGAUGUAGUAGCCCUGGUAGAACUACUCUCGUCCUUCCCGGAACUCCGUCCUCCGCUAGUACCUACCACUUACAUGUCUCAUUUCGCUUCUGAAGUCUUGCAAUUUGCUCGGUACGUUGGCACCCUGGAACAAUAUGAUUCCGCUGUGUGUUUAUACCGCCGUCGUGCCAGUGACAGUAUGUUUGCUUCAUCCGAAACAUCUCUCGGGUCUGCACGCAACAGGCGACCCUCCGAUCCGCGUUUGGCUGUCUAUGUUGCUUCUGCAUGCUGGCCUCGUCUACGCUCCGGUUUUUCUCAACCUCAAGGACUGAUCACUCAUCCAUUAGUGAACUGGCUUUUACAGCGUCUGUUUGUACACUCGGUUUCCGGAGCUUAUCACCCUCACCAACUCUGCGGCACUGGUCAAUGUCCUCUCUUGAUACCGGACCAAACCGUUGUUCCACCGUUAACUUCCACUCUCUGUCAUCCCAAUUGUUUACGGCUAGCUAGCACUUCUCGCGCUUUGUUAGAAGCUCUUCCACCUCCUGAACGGCUCCAUGUUCGAUCGGAAACGCGUAGAAUGAACAACGCUCGAUCAGAACGUGAUUCGCACGACACCGCACCCGUGGGUCAUAUGACCAAUGCGGAACUCUAUCCGAGUCGUUUGGUGUACCAGCGUGUGUUGAGUGAGAUGAUCGACCAAGCACGGUUCAGUGAGGCACUUUCUUCUUAUUUCCACGAAUAUCACACACGACGAUCUGGAGCGGUGCAACGGAACAACACUGCCUCUGAGGAUUCACAUAUACCAAGUGAUUCGUUCAAUUUACCAUUCGCGGACAGUUUGCUCUCUUAUUUGAGGUGUUCACAAGAGCCUGCGGAACUUGGCACACCAUCACCCGCCUCCCUAACUUCAUCUUCUGUUGCCGUUGAAUGUCCUCUUAGUAGCCGCCUAAGGCCUGCUUUGGAUGCACAAUCUUCGGCACUGCGCCGAUUGAAUGGCCUGUUGCUUCUCUUUACCGCCCGGAUACCUGGUAUAGUAGACUCAGAGGAGGAUUGGAUGGGUGAGCUUCUGCAUACACCCCUUUUGCCCGUAGGUGCAACUCCUCGUGCCACACAAUUUAUCGAUCUCACCUCUAACACACAGCACACUUCAUUGUCCGCUAACCACUCGAGAGACCGAGACACACGGCGUGCAAGUUUUUCCGGGACGGAUUGGAAUUUUUUACUCCAGUUACCUUGGAACUCCCUCGGUGAUCGCUCGUCUCGCAUUACGGCGCCUGUUUCCGUUGCUGCGUCUGAACACAGUUCGGACCCUGAGCUCACAGUGACCAUUGCAUCUGACUCGCAAUCGGUCACUUUUGGUGCCUCACAUACUCCUCAGUUCUCACUUGAUUCCUUGUCAUUGGGCGAAAAUCGGCGUCGACGGUCCGACAGUUUGUUACGUCCGAGCAGCAUCACUGAGACCGGCUGGCGUGACCCAGUUCCCCCGUGUGUCGUCAUUUCUUCCGAUUCUUCUGCGGAGGAAGAACAGUCGCACGAACGUCAAGCUAAUUCGCCUUACCUAUUAACGGCGGAUGAUUCUGAGGACGAGCGAAAUGCGAUUUCUUCGGCUCAUUUAUCUCGUGCUUCUAGGAAUACCAGUUUCGGCCACGAGUCCCUUGCGGCGAUGGACUUCACUUCUCAACGGGAACAGAAACUUAGUCCGUCGGUAAUGCAUCCACAUUCUUCCCCGGUUCGGACCGAAACGAAUGAUCCCAGUUUACCCACCGUGACGGCUGCCCCGCUUGAUGAAUCUGCCAGUUUGGCGUCAGCAUCCAACCUUAGCAAACUUAUACAAAGAGAUAAUGCUCGGGCUGCGGAGGAACCAAUGGAUAUAGACGAGCGUUUUGAAGAGGGGGUGUCUCACAAUGCUCCCAGCAUUACCACCGGGACCAAGCGUCAGAAUGAUACAUCUACUUCCACACCACACAUCCCCACCUUUGGGGAACCUCAUUACACCGACGCGCCCUUACCGCCCAAGCUGGCCAAAAUGGACGCAUUUCUGUCCGGCAUAUUGAAGUACCUUGAGCGCACUUCUACUUCUAGAUCUACUGAACCCCUGCGUCGCUUACUUUUCUCUCGUACCCACUUGGGACAUGGAAGUCCUUCCGCACGGUGUGCUCGUCGUCAAUCUCGUCAUCAUUCACGCAGCCCUAUUCGUCUGGAAAGUGAUAAUAGCGAUUGCGAAGUGUUGAGAGAGUAUAUCAGUUUGGAUAGCCACUCCUCCUCUUCUCAUCAUUCACGAUCACGCUCCUCUAGCUGUCAGUCUGACUCUUCCAGUUGCCAAUCCUGCAGGAGGAAUUCACAUCGGUCAUCUAGUCACACCUCUAUCCGCCCCCGUCGCAUGUUGCACUGCUGCUGUCAACCAUACAAACAUCGUGAUCACACGCAUCAUCAUUAUCGGCACCAUGUCCAUGGCUCACGUCACAAAAUUCGACACAAACAUCGUUGUGGCAGGCAUUCAUCUCGUUGCUGCCUACGUCCUCGUCAUCAUCGUUAUUCGCGUCUUUCUCAUCGGCAGCCCGCUGUGAUUCUAAACACACAUUCGUCCCCCAUUCUAAUAUCGGAUGAUGGCAGCAAUGCUCCGUCUACGCCCAAUUUUAGAGAUUUAUGUGACAACGCACAAGUUUCUGAACAAUCACAGGAGCUAAAACGGGAAGUCAUAUUGUCCAAUGAGGAUGAACCUACUACAAGCGCUAAUCAUCGGGUUUUAUCUCCACAGCCUAGCACUUCGGACACGACUGUCGUGAAACAUGUUCAAGCCUCAUCUACUACGGUGCCGUCAUUAACUUCAUCUGGUACCGAGGGACUUAAAAUUAGCAUAUUUAAUCCAACUAACGCACAUGACUUCUAUCGCUUCCUCGAACGCUUCGAGUCUUCCGACGCUAUCUCAGAUCCAUUCCCCACUGCACCAAGCGCCUCGGCUACUGAGGACGCCGUGAAUGCACCUUCUGGGUCAAACGAUGAGGACAUCAUCCCUGGGGUUCCGACUGCUUUUGCAACCAAUGUGGACUCAUUACCUUUCACUCCCAAAGAGGCUACUACCCACUCAGAUCAAUCUUGUCAAUCGGUUCUACUGAAUACCUUUCUUGAAGUCACUAAUGUCAGUAGUUUGAAACCGAUGGAAGGUUCCCCAUCAGACGCAUCAAAAGAAUGACGCAUAUCGUUUGUUUUUCUCAUGCGCCCUAUUUUCCUUCAUGUACACACUUGUUUUAUGUAUGUUCUUUGACUCUCACACGAUAAUCACUCUUCACCUUACAUCCAAGCUUGCAAUCACUUUGAUUAAGCUUCAGAAGAGUGAAUCCUUAUGUGCGUGUGUUGUCAGCUAAAACUAUUCCAUCAGUGUAACACAUCUAUUCGUUUAUGUGGACGUACCAACAGAGUACUCGUGCUCAUCAAGCUGAACCGUAGCUUCUUGCACCCGAGACCGCUGUGUGUGUGUGUCUUGAUGCGCACUUUUCAAGAAGGCUCACGUAUUGGGGCACUGUGGAAUAAUCCCAAAGUGCAACGGAAAAUUUUCUCAGUCGAUGGCUCAUCCUCUUUCUUACCACCACUACCGUCUAAGGUAGAAUGAUAGGGAAGGUAAUCGGCAUUAAUUUAUGUCAGAAUUAUUUCUCAAAGUUGGUCUGUCACUGAUGGGUUCACUGUGAGGCCUUACACCUACUAAUAAUUUUGACGAUACCACACGCCGGUUUUUCACCGCACAAUGGCGACUCGUGCCUUUUGCCUCUUUGUUUUCGUUCACCGGCCCUUUCCCCCAUUUGGUGUUUAUCGGGCGCAGGACUGGGACAUGGCCGAAACCUUUUUUGAGAUUAGCUCACUUCAUUCUUCGUUACAUAUGCCUUUGUUCUUUCCAAGUUUUCCUCACUGAUGGGCUCACUUCUUUAAUUUCCUUCAGUGUUUUACUUUCACUGCUUGAGUGUAACGCGAGUCUCUUAGCCUAACCCAUAGUGCGCCCAUACUAUUCUUCAGUGUAUCCAGUCUGGCAAAUAUCUCUAAUCUGGAUAGCG